AUGGGAGACAAAAUGCCUGAUAGCAUAACCAUCCAUCUUCCAUGUUAUUUAAAUUACAAAACUAUUUAUACAUACAUGGUAGAAGACCUUACACUGGCUGGAGAAACAGAGAGGAUUGCCUAUUCACAAUUCUGUAAAUUGAUGCAUACAGAUUUCAGUCAAGUUGUCAUUCCUAAGGUAAUGUAUUGUACACAGUACCACCACACAGUAAAAAACCCAGGGCCGGAACUACUUGUGAGUGUGCAAGGGGAGGGGGAAGGGGUCUCAAUUUUUUAGUUCACCCCCCCCCCAACCAGAUCCCUGAAAAAACUUUCAAAUGCUUAGUAUAACUGAAGUUAAAUACAAGUGAAAUGCCAAUUAAUGUAUUUGUGGGACUCAUGUAUGAUUUGAUAAAUUAAAUUAAGCAAGUAAAAUUGUCAAUUGCAAUAAUUCAUGUUUUAACAAGAUGCAACUGCACAAAUUUUAAAUAUGUUGUAAAGUCCAUUCUGCACAUCAGUUAUCAGCUCGUAGUUUAUAUUAAUUUACAAGCAUUAAGUAAACCAGAAAAGUGUUAGAUACAGGGGCCUAAGGGGUGGCACUUAAGACCUCUUUGAAUGGGAGGGGGUAUAAGUGAAUUUUGGUGAGUUAUUAAGUCAAAUUUUGCCGAGUUAUCAAUUAAGUCAAAUUUUGCCAAGUCACUACAUUAUCAUUAAUUAAUAUUUGUUUUCCCAAAAUUGUUAGUGAGAGGGGGCAUGCACAAUUACGAUUAGUGCAACAUCAAAAAAAUUUCCAGACAACAUAUUUCCAUGUCCAUCUACUUCACACUCCCCCUCUAGUGCCGGCCCUGGGUAGAUAUUUAUUAUUUUAGUAUAUUCAACUACAGAGGAUUUUACUUGUGAAGGGGAGAGUACUGUCACUCAAUGGGUUAAUUAUUAAGCCAUGAUCUGCCCAAGUUUAUUAUACAAUUUUUUGUCAAGCAGAUAAUUUGCACAUUCACUAAUUGUGUAAAUGAUUAACCCUAUAGAUUACAAGAUUAACCAAAUGUGACAUUUGUGUUGUUCUUAAAGAAGAAAAACAGAAAACUAUGGACAAAAUUGUUCGAAGUUAUUAUGACACAUUGUAUAAACAGCACAAUCAGCUUCAAAGGUAGUAUAUUAGUACGGUACCCGUAUUGUAAUUUGAACAAUGCUUUCCAUUCUACCCUAAUUUAUUUACUCUGUCUAAUGUCAGACACCAUUACUAUAAUCUACGACCAUUUGGAUUCAUAUUGUUAAAAAUUGUAUUUUUCAAUCAUUUGCUCAAAUAUAAAUAAUUUUUAACCUGGAAAAAAGGCUGAAUCUAACACUAAUAUCUAACUAACUCAACCUAAUUAUACUGGUAUAGAUCCAGGUAUGCAGGUACCAUGUCUGUCAAAUGUUUCGUAUUAUAAAAUUUUGAAUUUGUGAAAUACAAGAACGUCACAAAUUUUAAUAAAAAUUUCUGUCAGGAGUCUGGAAAUGAUCUUCUAAGGUUUGGAAUGUGCAAAACACUCUAGGGGAGCAUGCGCCCAAACUGCCUCAUCUUUUAGCCACACCCCCCUGUUAUACCCAUGAUAAACUACAACCAAAAUAAUAAACUACUACAUAAACAACUACCAUAAUAAUAAUUCAAAAUGUAUUUAUUUUAUUAAAUAUUUUAGAGAGGAGCGUGAAAAGUAUUAUGGUCACAGGACUAAGACAAAAGAGAACCUGGAUAAGUAUGUGUGUAUCAUAGUUGACGGGAUGGAUCAAAUGAAACUGAUGAUUCCAAAACUUUUACAUGUAAUGAAAGCAUAUUCCGGUGCAUGGAAGUUAAAAACUCACCUGACUGGAGUUCUAAAUCAUGGCAGAGAAACACUUGGCUAUUUUGAUCUUCAUCAAUGGCCACAUGACAGCAACUUAACUAUCAAUGUGUUGCUAAGAGUUCUGAUGAGAAUGGAUAAAUUGCCUGAUCGUCUGUAUCUCCAGAUGGACAACUGCUGGAGGGAAAAUAAAAACCAAUAUGUGAUCACAUUUCUUGCUGUUCUGGUACAUUUGGGUAUCUUUAAGAAGGUAGAUAUAUUGUAGAAUGUUCCCACUAUUGGAGAAGUUGGGGAUUUGAACGAUGGCUGGAGCUAGCUAGCUAUUAAUAAUAGUCCUUAGACCAUGAAAGUGCAUGAUUGAUAAUAGAGAAUUUGAUAUUAUCUCACUCAAUUCAAUAAUAGUUGAAGGGUGUUGUACAGGUAGAUGGAAAUUGUCGAGUGGAAAUUUAGGCCACAUAAAAAAUAGUUGGUUAGCAUCCUUGCCCGCCCACAAAAAAGGCCCCGCUCAGGAUUUUUUAUUUUAAAAAACCCAACUUUAAUUGACCAACAGGCUUUAAUAAUUUAGUAUUUCUGUAGUUAUAAUUAUGCUUAAAUGUAAGAUAUUAACUUCUAGAAUAUAAAGCGUGUGAAAAUGACGGUAUGAAUCAUAUUCUGAAAUAUAUAAAAAAGUUCAAGAAAAUCCAGUUUCGGACCUAAAUCCAAGACAUUAAAAAUUACAGUAGCACAGUAUAAAUUAAAAAAAAAAAACGCCAGCCCGCCCACUUUUUGGCAAAAGCUAGGACGCCAACCAACUAUUUUUUAUAUGGCCUAGCUUAUAUUCAUUUAUAAAUUAGACCUACAGUAACCAGGAACAGCUACGAAAAACUAUACGAUACUGACAAUUAAUUUAUACUCAUCUGAUCUUGGGGCGGGCUCUGGCACUCUAACAAUAAUCCAACCAAUUGCACAAUAUUUAUUGAUUUAUAUAGUUGUAUUGUUUUUUUUUUAAUAUAGAUUAAGGUUAACUUCCUGAUGAAAGGUCAUACGCAUGAAGACUGUGACCAGCUAUUCAGCAGAUAUGGUCUUAAACUUUCAAAUAAUGAUGUAGUAACUGUUGAAGGUAAGUUAAAUAAAACAUAUUUGCCCUCUAAUGUUUAUUUGUGCAAUAUACCAAUUAAGCCACAGAGCUUCCUUGUUGAGGAGUGAUAUUGUCUGGCGUUAGACAAGUAAAAAAUAAUAAGGGCGCAAUGGCGCAUUGCAGCUCAAUGGGUUGACUUGAGAUAUUGUCAGAUUUUUUGGUUAACUACUGUACUGUAGAGACAUUGUCAGAUUUAUUGGUUAACCCAUUAAGCCACAGAGAUUCCCCAUUCACAAGUAAAAUUGUUUGGCGUUAGACCAGUAAAACAAUCAGUAGGUCACACUUGGGUGUAUUGUGGCCCAGCGGGUUAAUGUUUAAUUAACAGCCUUUCUCACAUACCAUUGGGAACUGCUGCACCAUCAGCAAAGCAUUAAAGUUAUCAGGUGUAAAAAAGUGAGUACCAAUUGACAAUUUUAUGAUGGUCCUUUUUUAUUGUAGACUUGAUGUCUUUCUUUCGAACAUCAUUCACUCCCAACCCAGUACCAGAAUUACUUGAAGUCAUGUACAAUGUCAGAGACUGGUUGUCACCCAUAAACCCAGCUCUACACAACAUCUCCAACCCACAUGUCUUUGUCCUUGCAAAGAGUGAUACAGGCAGUGUUGUGCUCAAGUACAAGAACUGGAGCAGAGAUGAAACCUGGCUACCUAGCAAUGAUACAAACAAAGGACUUGAAAUUCUGAAGCCUGUAUGUGAUUAAAUUAAUAUUUACCUAAUUAAAGGUGAUCUACAGUCCGUAUGUAAACAAAGUCUUUGUUUACAUUUUUGUGUCCAAAAUAUUGAGCUUUAUUUGACAACUAUUUAUAUUUUCAAGCUUCCAGAGUAUAAUAAAUGAUCAAGAAACAACAAUCAGGCUUUUCAAGAACUCAAAACAUAGUUAAACUGUUUGUAUCAUAAAAGUGGGCUCAUUUGUGCACAUGCACAGAUCGGACUGUAGAUCACCUUAAAAAAUUCAAUAAUUCACGAGGAAAAUACAAAAGAAAUGAAUGUUUAAUCAAUGUUUGUAAAUCAGAUAAAGAUUUCUUCCUAAUUAGUGACUUUAUAUCUUUUUAAAAUAUAAAAUACAGUCACAUACAGUUUACUGAGUUAUAUAUUUAUAUUCAUUUGAAAUCAAUGUUAGCCUGCUGAUGUACAGGCAGCAGUCAGCAUCACCUAUGUCAUGUUAUAGUUGCUAAGAGUUCAUGUUCAUACCAAUGAAAUGUUAAUUGUGUAUUUUCUUUUUGAAGGAUACUCAAAUUCCAACUAAUUGUCCAAACUUGGUGGCCUCUUCACCGGAUGUUGUGGAUAUGGAUCGUCUAAAGAAAGACAUCCCCAAAUUCCUGAACAAUUCUCGUGUAGUCAGUUCUGAGAAAAAACAAUGGUGGGCUAAUUUCUUUGCCAACGUAAACUUCACAUACAGUAGCACUCCUGAUGAAAGCCGAAUGACAUGGUUGCUGGAUGAACUAAAAAUUAUUAAGUUUGGACGUGUUGUCAGCGAAAGGAAUGAUGAGGUUUCUAAUUCUGGGCACGUCGACCAAGACGAGUUGGCAAACAUGGAAACAUUACCACGAAAUGCCUCUAUCGAGGUCACAGAAAUGGUCGCAGCUCAACAUGAAAACAUCCCAGAGGUACAGUAAUGUUUUAAUUUGACAUAUAUUAAUUAAUUUAACAAAUUCAGAAAUGUGAAGUUUUAUAUAGUAAAAUUGUUUAAGUUAAAAUUACAUUUGUCAUCCCGUCAAAUCCUCACUCAUUGCAGCUAAUUUUUCCACAUGAUGAUCUUUGCACCGACUGUAUACAAUAUUACAGUGUUACAGUGAUUUGAAAUAGCUAGGUGAUUUCCAUUUUCCUUCAUGUUUUGCUCAUGAAUCAUUAAAGAGUUAAGAAGUUGAAUUUAAUUCUUAAUUACUCGACUAUUACUGGUAUUUUUGUGUUUCACUACAGCAUUAUGCAGUAAAUCUGAUGGGGGGUCAACCUCAAGUAUAUUGAUGCUUAUGCUGUACUGGAGUGAGAAAAUUGUGCUAGUCACACAUACAUGUAUCUGUUGUUGUUUUAAUUGGGAUUUAACUUUCAACACCACUGCUGUUUACCUCUCGUUGUCCUGGUGUGCAUGUAAUUUGUUAGCUCGGUGAACUAAAAUAUUGUUGGUGGCGGUAGUGGAAGUUGAAUCUUGUCCUUGCUAUGUGUUGUAUUGUAUUGUGUUGUAUAAUUGUAUUGUACUGUGCUUUGUGUUGUAUUGUGUUUUGUGUUGUAUUUUUUAAUUGACUGUAUUUAGCAAUUUUUAAAGGGCCCACAGUGUUUGUUGUAUUAGUGGCAAAGUUUAAAUUAAUAAAUGAAUUAAUAAAAUGUAUAUUUGUGUUUAUAUCUUUUUCUUUCGGGACAAUACAGGUACAUUUAAUGUAGCAUUUUCCUACAUAUUCAGUAAUAUGUUUUUGUGUUGUUAGGUUUACACUGGUCCUUACAAGAAGGCCUCAACUGUAGCAAAUGUUGAUAACGUUUGGGAUCAUGUUGAAGCAAGUUGUUUUGUUGCUGUGCAUUUAGAAGAUUAUAACAAACCUGUUAUUGGAAAAGUGAUAGAAAAAAUGGAAUCUUCUUUCAAGAUCCAUUAUUGGAAAGGAAGCGUCAACAAGACAUGGGUUCCUUGGUUUACAAGUAAGGAUGUCCCUUGGGUAGAUGUCUUGCCAAAAUAUUGCAUAUACCUGGCAGCAUUUGAAUUGGACAAUAAAAAUAAAUUAUAUACUGACACCAAACGCCAGAUGAAAGCAUUUUUAAAGAACAGACAGUAAGGAACCAGACAUUACUGUAAGAACUUUACUGUAUAUAUCUAUUUAGUAUAAUUUCAGUAUUGAAAAAUGGCCUUUGAGCAUUCUGAUAGGCUCCCUCAGCAGUAACUCUGAGACAAUAGUAAUUACUGCUCUGAGCAGUAACUAUUGCUUUUCCCCCCAAAAAUGCUGGAAAUCAGAUGAAAGUAAAUUAUACAUCUAUGCAAAUUAUAUUCAUAAAUAAACUUUUUCAAUACAGACAAUACUGAAAUGAUACUAAAACAAAAUUAUUCACCUCAGCCCGGAUUACAAGCCUAUACACAGAGAAAUCUGAGGGCCCAGAUGAUAUAAGUGACCUGUUAUGCAUUUGUUAACUUGUUAAAUGUCAGUUGUAUAUUUUAAUGGCUCGAAUGUGUGCACAUGACUGCACAAGACUCGGCAAUUAAGUUGCACUGUGCUCUAAUGUGCCCUACUUUGAGUACUUUCCCAUUUUUCUUUGUCUAAUAUAUGCCAGACAAUUUCACUCAUUAGUGGAAGAGCAUAUUUGCUGUACUGGCAUGUGCAAGAUAGAUUAAAAUAAGAAAUUCCUUGCUCAAAAGUUUACUUUGUACAACUUAAUUAAAAUGUGGUUAAUAUAUGUCACUCAUGGCCAUGUAUAAUAUGGGGAAAUUUUUAUAGCCAUGAAGCUUCUAUUAAAAGUUUACUGUUUGUAUUUGCACGUCAGGAUGAAAAUCGGCAUGCAUUGUACAGAUAUUAAUUAGAAAACACUCUUGCACUUCCUCAGUAAUAUACAGUAGUAUUUUGAGCACUGUAAAAUCACUUUGUGUUCUAUGAGUAUCAGCAAUAUAAAUCAGGUUAUUUAAAUUAGCCUUUCUCACGAAGGCCAAAUAUUUCGCCAUUUUUGGGGUACUUUUUUUGAAAACGACGUGAAAAGUCUAUUAAGCGAUGUGAAAACAUUUCAAAUAUUUUACUGUAAAUUAAGUUAUAAUGAUUAUACUCACAAUUAUAGUUAUACAAAUCCUUUAUAUUCACUGCGUACAAUCACAGAUGGUGAAAAGUAUAAAUCUUUGAACUAAAAACUCUGUGUUUGAACUAUUGUACGGUAAAUUAAGUUAUAAUGAUUAUACUCACAAUUAUAGUUAUACAAAUCCCUUUAUAUUCACUGCGUACAAUCACAGAUGGUGAAAAGUAUAAAUCUUUGAACUAAAAAAGGUGUUUGAACUAUUGUACGUGAUAUGUACGUCAUGUUACACUGAUCAUGAUAAAACCAUUUCUCAAUCCGAACUACGAGCAUUUCCGAACUUGUAGCGACCUUUUUCCGCCAUUUUUUGUGUUGACAUUUUUAACACUGGAAAGAAGUAAAUAAGCCAUGUGUUUCUGUCUGUUUUCUACGAGAUAAAGUUGUUCAUGUUAUAAUUAUUUAAGGAACUCACAUAAGGACUAUAGUAAGUGUAAAUUAAAGGUUUUGGAUUAUAUUUCUCUUUAUUUCCUUUCAAUAAUCAAUAGGAGUAUAUAAAAGUAUAUAAACUCUUGUAUUAUUAUAAAUGUACAUGUAUUUAUCUGCUAAAUAUGUAAAUUUUGUAUUACAGUAUAUAUUGCAGGUAGUCGAACCUGUAUUCCAAUAUACUCGUUCAAAAAUAUAACUUCUUUGUGUGAUGAUAUUUUAAUGCAAAGAUAUUGUGUGUGAAACAGUUACUCAAUGUACCAUCCAACUUUACUGUCUAAUGCAUGGAUCAAUUCCUGCGGUUACCAUGCCCCCCCCCUUCCCCGGCCAAUAGCCCCGGGAUUUGUAUUUUUUUUGCAAGAAUGUAGUAAAUUCCCCACCCCCGGGACUUUAAAACUUGAAAACCAAUGAAUGACACUGAAGAUGAAGAUGAUUUUGUCAUUUCGAUAAAUUGAAACGUUCACAUAGAUCGAAACAUUCACAUAGAUCGAAACAUUGACAUGGUUUCGAUAAAUCGAAACAUUGACAUGGUUUCGAUAGAUCGAAACAUUGACCUUGUUUCGAUAGAUCGAAACAUUGACAUGGUUUCGAUAAAUCGAAACAUUGACCUGGUUUCGAUAGAUCGAAACAUUGACAUGGUUUCGAUAAAUCGAGACAUUGACAAGGUUUCGAUAAAUCAAAACAUUGGUUGAACAUUGACAUGGUUUUGAUAAAUCGAAACAUUGACAUGGUUUCGAUAAAUCGAAAAAUUGACAUGGUUUCGAAACAUUGACAUGGUUUCGAUAAAUCGAAACAUUGACAUGGUUUUGACAAACUGAAACACCAACAUGGUUUUCGAUAAAUCGAACAAUGACAUGGUUUUCGAUAAAUCGAAACAUCAACCUGUUUUCGAUGAAUCGACCUACUCCAACACAUAUAUUUCACUGUUAGCUGUCAUGCUACUUUUGUAUUAUUUUAUCCUUUUUAGAACAGUCAAUUAAAUGUAUUGUUAAUUUUAGUUAAAUUUGAUUGUUUUGGCAAGAGAUGAAAAUUUGCAUUCUUUUCUUCACCCAAAAGAUGUUGUUUAGCACCAAUAUUGGUGUAUUUUUUAGUUUUGUGCAAAUUUGGUUAAAAAUACGAAAUUACGCACGAUUUUUGAGUAAAGAGAAUAUUGGACCCUAUAGUAGAACGUGUUUCAAACGCAACCUGCUGAGCACAACGCGCUGAGUUUCAGCUCGAUUGGUUCAAUAGUUCGUGAGAUAUGACAAAAUGUUGGAAAAAACUUAUUUUUGCACAUUGCAGCAAAUAGUGCUAUUCGGUCAAACGCAACCUGCUGAGCACAACGCGCUGAGUUUCAGCUCGAUUGGUUCAAUAGUUCGUGAGAUAUGACAAAAUGUUGGAAAAAACUUAUUUUUGCACAUUGCUGCAAAUAGUGCUAUUCGGUCAAACGCAACCUGCUGAGCACAACGCGCUGAGUUUCAGCUCGAUUGGUUCAAUAGUUCGUGAGAUAUGACAAAAUGUUGGAAAAAACUUAUUUUUGCACAUUGCACAAAUAGUGCUAUUCGGUCAAACGCAACCUGCUGAGCACAACGCGCUGAGUUUCAGCUCGAUUGGUUCAAUAGUUCGUGAGAUAUGACAAAAUGUUGGAAAAAACUUAUUUUUGCACAUUGCAGCAAAUAGUGCUAUUCCGUCAAACGCAACCUGCUGAGCACAACGCGCUGAGUUUCAGCUCGAUUGGUUCAAUAGUUCGUGAGAUAUGACAAAAUGUUGGAAAAAACUUAUUUUUGCACAUUGCAGCAAAUAGUGCUAUUCGGUUAAACGAAAACUGCUGAGCACAACGCGUUGAGUUUCAGCUCGAUUGGUUCAAUAGUUCGUGAGAUAUGACAAAAUGUUGGAAAAAACUUAUUUUUGCACAUUGCAGCAAAUAGUGCUAUUCGGUCAAACGCAACCUGCUGAGCACAACGCGCUGAGUUUUAGCUCGAUUAGUUCAAUAGUUCGUGAGAUAUGACAAAAUGUUGGAAAAAACUUAUUUUUGCACAUUGCAGCAAAUAGUGUUAUUCGGUCAAACGCUUAACUGCUGAGCACAACGCGCUGAGUUUCAGCUCGAUUGGUUCAAUAGUUCGUGAGAUAUGACAAAAUGUUGGAAAAAACUUAUUUUUGCACAUUGCAGCAAAUAGUGCUAUUCGGUCAAACGCUACCUGCUGAGCACAACGCGCUGAGUUUCAGCUCGAUUGGUUCAAUAGUUCGUGAGAUAUGACAAAAUGUUGGAAAAAACUUAUUUUUGCACAUUGCAGCAAAUAGUGCUAUUCGGUCAAAGGCAACCUGCUGAGCACAACGCGCUAGUUUCAGCUCCGUUGGUUCAAUAGUUCGUGAGAUAUGGACAAAAUGUUGGAAAAAACUUAUUUUUGCACAUUGCAGCAAAUAGUGCUAUUCGGUCAAACGCAACCUGCUGAGCACAACGCGCUGAGUUUCAGCUCGAUUGGUUCAAUAGUUCGUGAGAUAUGACAAAAUGUUGGAAAAAAACUUAUUUUUGCACAUUGCAGCAAAUAGUGCUAUUCGGUCAAAUGCAACCUGCUGAGCACAACGCGUUGAGUUUCAGCUCGAUUGGUUCAAUAGUUCUUGAGAUAUGACAAAAUGUUGGAAAAAACUUAUUUUUGCACAUUGCAGCAAAUAGUGCUAUUCGGUCAAACGCAACCUGUUGAGAACAACGCGCUGAGUUUCAGCUCGAUUGGUUCAAUAGUUCGUGAGAUAUGACAAAAUGUUGGAAAAAACUUAUUUUUGCACAUUGCAGCAUAUAGUGCUAUUCGGUCAAAUGCAACCUGCUGAAGACAACGCGCUGAGUUUCAGCUCGAUUGGUUCAAUAGUUCGUGAGAUAUGACAAAAUGUUGGAAAAAACUUAUUUUUGCUCAUUGCAGCAAAUAGUGCUAUUCG